UUAUGGGUAAAAAAAUUAAAAAGGGAAAGGAAGGACCAGUCAAAGAAUAUGUAUCCAGAACCAAAGCUCUCAAAAAACUAUAAGUCAAUCUAAAGGAUUUCAGAAGACUUUGCAUCUUAAAAGGAAUUUACCCAAGAGAACCACCUCAAAAAUUGAGAAAAUAACAUAAAACCUAUUACCAUAACAAGGAUAUUGCUUUCCUUAAAAAUGAGUCCAUACUUGAUACAUUCAGACAAAGACAGGCUCAUUUAAAAAAAAUAAGAAAAGCAUUAACAAGAGGUGACAAAUUGAAGGCUGGUAGAUUACGAAGAAAUUAACCAAAGGAUAAAUUAGAUCACUUGGUCAAAGAAAGGUAUCCAACCUUUAUUGAUGCUUUAAAUGAUCUUGAUGAUCCUUUAUGCUUAGUAAGUCUUUUUGCUUCAUUUCCUACUCACAAAGAACUCCACAUUCCUAACACAUUAAUAAAAAGUUGCUAAAAAUUGAUCCAUCAAUUUUUGUUAUAUGUGGCAGCUCAUAACUGUUUGAGAAAAGUAUGAUUCCCCCAUUUUAUCACUUAGGUUUUCCUCUCUAUUAAGGGUAUCUAUUACCAAGCUGUAGUCUAAGGAGCUACCAUAACUUGGAUAAUGCCAUAUCCCAUUCAAGCCUCUUUGCCGUUGGAUGUCGAUUAUAAAAUAAUGAUGACCUUCCUUGAAUUCUAUUAAGUUUUGAUGAAAUUCGUCAACUUUAAGCUUCUUGGUUAAGAAAUCGAAAUUACAGAUUUUAGAGAAGAAGUAUUAAAAUUAAAGUCACUUGCAUAAAACAAUUAGUAUUGCUAUUAAUUAAUAUUAGAAUUGAAAUUGAUGAAGCAUUUAAAGAGGAUCCAACAAUACAAUAAAUGGAUUAAUAGUAAUAGGAAACAAAAAAAUAUUCGGAAUUAUUCAAAGGAUUAACAUUUUUCCUGUUUCCUGAAGUACCCAAAACAUCUUUAGAAUUUGUAAUAUUGAGUUUUGGGGGAGAAGUUAUGUGGGAGAAUGACAACAAAAAUUCAUAAUUGACUGAUCCAAAAAUUACACAUGUGAUAACUGAAAGAACAGUUUAAAAGAACAAAAAGAGAGAAUACAUAUAACCAUAAUGGGUUUACGAUUCUAUUAACUAAUUAAAAUUAUUGAGUGUAGCUGAUUAUGCUCCAGAAUCAGUAUGAAUUAUUAAUAUUAUUUAAGACUCUCCCUCCUCAUUUAAGUCCAUUUGAGCAAUUAAACUUAGAGGAAGUUCAAUCUGAAAGCGAAGAAGAAGAUGGACAAUAGAAAGAACAUAAACCUUACUAGAAUAAUAAAAAACAAAAGGAGAAAUAGGCUAAACAAUAAGAAAAGGAGACCAAGAAGUUAGCUGAAACUAUGUUGAGUAGAAAAAAUAAGAGAUUAUAUGAUAUGAUUAAGAGAAAGGAAGAUGAAGAAAAAUAAAAGAAAAACAAAUUGUAAGAAAAGAAGAAAAUGAUAGAAAGUAGGUAAUAAUGA